UGCUGCGGCCACGGCUGGUAUGCCCUUCUUAAAAAGCGUCAAUGCCUAGCUACGCUUUGCCUUACUGAUAUGUGUUAUCUAUUUUAUUGCAUGAUGACUGGUGGUUUUUGAUUGCCCUGAAGCCCGGGGUCAAUCGAAAUCUGUAUUCUAUUCAAGAAGGAUUCUUGAGUUGUUAGUUUUCUCGACUUCUCACCUACUCACUAAUUGCAGAGCCCGGUGACUCUUAGUCUCUUUUAGUCUCUCUUUAUCAUUCCUUCUGUCUUUCGCUGUUGUGCUCUCCAGCUUUAAACGCUUGUGAGACGUCCUAACUCUUGAACUUACGAGUUGCGUUCUAUCGAUUCCGAUAUUGAUCACAGCUGCGUGGAAGUGUGGAUAUGCCAUAUUUGGUCCACCAUCAUCGCGAGCAUCAUCGACGACGCCACUCCUGGCCUUAUUGUGGUGGUGGAGCACCGCACCAGCCGCUGGGGCGAAAUUGGGUGGUUUUCCAGUCUGCACACCAGCAGCAGCUACAGGACCAUUACCAGCAGCAGCAGCAGCAGCAGCAACAAAAGUCCUACCAGCAACUCCUCGAACAGCAUUUCCUCGUCCCCGUUGGGUCGGAAGACUUACUUGAGGACGAUGCGGCGUCCGCGGGGAUUGGGCCCUCGCUGACGAGGACGAGGGCUAUGCCAGCCGUGGCAUCGAAUGCUCGGCCUCGCCGGUGGUGGUCGUCGUGGUGGUCGUCCUCCGCGCGAGGGGGUUCCUCGCCGCGGAUCGAUCAUGCGGCCCCUAGUGGACAUGGGGGAUCGUUUAGGAAGAUGGUGCGUCCGCCGUUGGAUAAGGCGAAGUCGUUGUUCGUAAUGCCCACAACGACGAACCAGUAUCCGGUCGGCGGUGGAGAGGAAGUACUCUUUACUUCGUACUUGGUGCCCUCGCCGCCGAGUUCGCAGCGUGCUUGGGGGUUAGGCGCUGCUGGGCAGGUGGACCCAACUCCUGGAGGGUUGUUGUCGGUGCCGGUAGUGGACCUUGCAGGUGGUCGUGGUGGUCGGCGGGGGCGAGCAAUGGAUCUGCUGGCGGAGAGGAAUCAUCGGCGGUGUCAUUCGGAGCAGCCGCGGUCUUGGAAACGGCCGAGCGCGAGCUUGUGGCCGCUUGAGGAAGAAUGAGACGCUGCUGUAUUAAUUUUGGGGAUGGUUUCAGGCUGUUCAUUGCAUGGUGUCGUUUGACCGGGGCUCUUCAUUUAUUUCAGGCUUUUGUGCUCGAGAGUGAUGUGGGU